UAGUUCUGGUAAGCAUUAUAAGAUACGCAGGGCUGGCAUUAAUAUAUGUUUUUAAGCUAAGCUAGCAUUUUUUUGUGAGUAAAAGAUUGUUAAAUGAAGAGAGAGUUUAAAAUAGCCAUAGAUUUUUUAGCAUUCUCUUCAAAGAUACGCUUAAAAUAAUAAGAUUUGUCAUUCAUCCUGAAAAAUUAAGUUAGCCAUUGCAUUUUGCUUGAAUCAAUACCCCUAAAAACAAUUCAAACAUCUCUCCAAUAUCGCAACCUUCAAAUCCUACCCAAAUAUUACUCUCUUCAAAUCUAUCAACCAACAUCUCCCGCGUAUCUUUACUAAAACUCCUCAAAGCCCUUGUUCAUCUAAAAUUAUUCUUCUAUCUUUGUACUUGAUGGCAGGAUUAGCCGAAAUACACUAAGGAAUGGGGUUUAUUUGGAUUCUUGGGCUGGAGAUUUGGAAGAAAAGGGGUAGAGAUUAGGGGUUUUGGGGGAUUUUAGAGGGGUUUGAGGGUUUUGGGGGUGGAAUUGAGGGAGAUAAGGGAGCUUAGGAGGUUGAGGAAGGGGAUUAGGGGAAGAUUGGGAUUUUUAAUAGAUGAUGGCAUUUAGAAAGGGAUUUGAAUUUAGUUUUGAGAGUUGUGUGAAGGAUUUAGUAUGACUAUUUUUACAGUUUUUAUAGUGUUGGGUUUAUAAAGAAAAUCCUACUCAUUUCUAUCAGUUCUUAAACCAAAGGAUACUUAAGAUUUUUAAUCAAAAUUUGUCUUUCAAAGCUGAGAUGCUUCUUCAUUGUAUACAAAAUCCUUGGCUAUUUUAGCCUUAGAGUUAUCCAAACUAAUGAUUUUAUUUGAAUAAAUAACAAUAGUUUUAAACUUUGCUCAUCAAAAUUAUAACUUUGCCUUAAUUGAUUCUAAUCUUCAUUCCAAAUCUGAUUUAAUUCCAAUUGGUUGCAUUUCAUCAAUAGAUAGUUUGAAAAUUGUGGCUAAAAUAUUCCCAUGAAGUCAUAAUCUGGCUUCAAUUAGAUGUUUUUACCAAAGCACUCAUAUAUAGAUUCAUUUAAUUACGGGCCCUCUGAUGAUGGAAGCAGUAGCCAAGAAAAAAGUAUGAGAGGUGAAUCCGAAGAUAACUAUGAUCCAAGUAAUGAAUCAAUAUCUUCUUGAAAUACUACCCAGAGAGAUGCUAGAAUUUAUGGAGAGUCUAAUGAAGAAUCCAAGCUAAGAGGAUAUGAAGAACAAAAAUCCUCCAACGAGGAAGUAUUUAACUUCCAAGAUGAAAUUGAAAGUUUAGCAGACUUAAAGAGUGUUGAAUCUAGUGAAUAUUUCAGCACAGAUAAAUCAUUGGGUCAGGAUAUUUCAGUAAUAAAGAAAAAGAUUGAUGAAGAAUCUGAUGAUUCAGAAGAAAUUGAAAAGAUCCAAGACGAUUGGAUUAUUGAACCCCCAAAGAAAAUUGAUCAAAAUUGGACCCUCAAAGAAUCCAUUGAUGACUUGAUUGCCAAAAUAACCAAAGUCAAAGACUCUGCAAAUGAUUCAAAUGAGAUGAGGAAAAGAAUUGAGAAAACUAUUACAAAGACGAUAAAAAAGAUUUCCAAAAAUGAACAAAGCUUUGAAUCAAAACUAAACGGGGAGCCAAUUCACAGGUCCCUUUAUUCUGAUCUCAGAAAAACAGAUCAUGACUACAUCUGUAGAAUCUAUGAUGCCUUCGACUCAACUUACAAACUAUCAAAACUCCUUAAGUUGAGGAACCCUUCAAAUGAGAAAGACCAGAAAGCUCUUAAGAAAGAAAUUAAGAAGAAGAAAGACAAAGCUAAUGACUUGAAAAUUAGUAUGAAGGAGAAGUUGAAUGAAAUGAAGAAGACUUUGCAGAAGAAUGGGCAGAACAGUGACACAUUGUUAUUUGUGUUAAACGGAUUGGUUAAAGAAGAUGGUUGGGUCAAAGAUGGACUCCAGAAACAUUUUGAGAGUAGUGAAAAGACAAUCGAGACAUUAAGAAGUACAAUUAUUAAAAAAUUUGUGACAAAAAACCAAACUGAUUCUCUAACUCACAAAGAGGUUUGCAAUGAGCUUUAUCAUGAAUUUGAAGCAAUCUCAAAAAGCCAAGAUAAAAUACUAGAUGUCCUUCUAGAGCAAGCAAAGAUAAUUCAAGAUAAACUAGUCCAACUAGGUGAAUUGGAAUAUUCAGAUUUAUCAAGCUCAUCAGCUUCAAAAUCAAUCAGUGAAAGUCAGAAGAAAAUCGAAGAUGAAAGCAUCCUGGCUAUAAAAGAUAUGAAAACCCAAUAUAAUUUACUCUUGAAAGAGAAGAAUGAGCUAGAGAAAGAAAUCAAAAAGGUUAAAUUUGAUAAAAGUGAAGAGAUUUUAAGCCUCCAAGGUAAAAAUGCAAAGCUUAUUCAAGAAAAACGUAAUUUAUACAAAGAAAAGGAGGAGUACAGAGUAAAAGCAUCAGAGUUCCACAAACUUCAAGAAGAAAACAAAAGAUUAAUCUCCACUCUUGCCUCCACUGAGGAAGCUAAGAAAAAGGCUGAAGAUCAACUACACAGAAAGAAUGAAGAAUUUUCUACUCUCGAAAGUGAAACUAAAAAGAUUGUGCAAGAAAGAGAUGACUUGCUUGAAGAGAACUCCAAUCUUUCAAAACAGAAUGAUAAGCUCACUAAAUCUAAUAAUGAGUUACUUGAACAGAGUAAUGAUCUCCUUAACGAGAGCAUGAGCAUGGCAAAUCCUAAUGACGAAAUAAAAGACUUGGAAAAAGAUAAGCUUGAAUUAAAUAAAAAGCUAGAAGAGCUUACAAAGAAGUAUGAAGAGACACAAGAAUUAAACAAGAAUUUAAAAGAAGAAGGAGAAAAGCUUAAGAAUAAAGAAAAGAAAUUGGAUGAAGACUUAAAAGAGAAAGAAAGAAAUUCAAAGAAAGAUAAUGAAGAGAUUGGUGAUUUGAAGAAACAGGUUAAAGAAUUAGAUACGAAAUGUAACAAAGCUGAAUCAGAAAACAAUGAUCUGAAGUCUAAGAUGGAGGAGAAUAAAAAAGAGUAUGACAAUCUCAAAGAAGUUUCAGAUUUAUCCAAGGCCAGAAUCAAGAAGUUUGAAGAAGACAAAAAGGUUCAAGAUGAUACCAUCAGAAGCCUUCAACAGGAUAGGGAUCUGCUUAUUAGUAGUCACAGAGAAGAACAGAUUGAUAUUGAAUACGAGAUAAGAGAUCUUAGAGAUACCUUCGACGACUUACUCCUCGAGCACAACAUCAACCCAGGUGGCCUCAUGGGCACAUCCCAACCCUCCACUCCAGCUCCCGCUCCCGCCCCAGCAGCCUACAUCGAAGAAGUCGCCCAAGGAAAUGUUAUCGAAGACUAA